AUGUCUGAAGAGUUGUGUGAUUUUGAUGACUCAGAUCAAAUAGAAAUCGUUCAGAACAUAAAAGAUCAAGAAAAUGUCUCGAUCCACAGAUCAGGAUUUAGAGACUUCUUAUUGAAACCAGAAUUACUUCGAGCUAUCAAUGAUUUCGGUUUUGAAUUUCCCUCAGAAAUUCAGAAUGACUGCAUACCUCAAGCCAUUCUCGGCCUUGACAUCAUCUGCCAGACAAAAUCAGGGAUGGGCAAAACAGCUGUAUUUCUUCUGUCUACCUUGCAACAAAUUGAAUUGAACGGCGAAAAUGUAAAAAUCCUGGUCAUUUGUCACACCAGAGAACUGGCCUUUCAAAUAAGUAAAGAAUUUGAAAGGUUCAGCAAGCACAUGAACGGCGUUAGGACGGCCGUAUUUUUUGGAGGCCGUUCAAUAUCGAAAGACGAGGAAACGUUAAUAAAGAAACGCCCUCACAUCGUCGUCGGUACACCGGGCAGAUUAUUGGCCCUGAGAAACAAAAAAUUGACUGAAAUGUUAGAAAAACUGGAUUACAACCAAGUCAUCAUCUUUGUCAAGUCUGUGCAGAGAUGCGUGUCACUCUGCGAGCAACUCAACAAACAGAAAUAUUCAGUAGUGGCAAUACAUCGAUCGAUGAAACAAGACCAACGGUUGAAAAUAUACCAGCAGUUUAAAAACUUUGAAAGCCGGAUAAUGGUGCCAACGAACUUGUUCGGUAGAGGAAUAGAUAUCGAACGAGUGAACGUUGUAAUCAACUACGACGUUCCAGAAGACUCUGACACCUACCUUCACAGAGUGGCUCGCGCAGGAAGGUUCGACACGAAAGGAUUGGCAGUCACCUUCCUAGCAAAUGAAUAUGAUGCCGAAACGUUGAAUCAAGUUCAAGAAAGAUUUGAAGUCAACAUAGACAAGAUGCCUGAUGACAUUGACAAUGCUGUAUAUUUUUAG